AAAAGGUUGAAUGGAAUAUGUAGUGAGUUUGCGUUGCCCUUCUCUCAAUUUAUACUUCGAUUUUUGAUGACAAUAAUAUUGUGAUAAAUUGUGAACAUUUUGAAAAAGUUCUGGUCAAAUGUCAUAGUUUCGAUUUUAAAAUGAGGAGCAGUAGUUCGGAACUGCUCCUAGAUCAGCAAGAGGAGCUUCGUAGACAAAAAAUAAAGGAACUAGCAGCUGCCAAAAAAUCAAAAAAUUCAACUGGACGAUCAUGUCGAGAACAAGCUAUUUUUUAUUCUACAAGUGUUUUAGCAGUAAUCGCAAUGUCUGCCGGAUCAUCAUUAUUAUUUUUAGUACCUUUAUAUGUUGAUCCAGCAAUAUCAACUUUGGCCUCAAAUUUUGUAACUGAACCAGUUACAUGUAUAACAACUAGGAUAGAAGAACUCAGCGGUUUAGCUAAUUGUUCGUGGAGUUCUUGCCGGGAAGGGUGCACCAGUGAUGCUUAUCAUUGUACCCACAUAUACGUGAGUUAUAAUAAUAGCAAAGAGGAACCUUACAAUCAAACUGACGAUGCAGUCUUAUUAGUGAACAUCAAAGGAUGUGGGUAUCCUCCUAGUGUAUUGUGUCUCAAUUUCACCGAAACAUACGGAGUUGAGGGCACUGAGUUUCCUUGUUAUCAUUCGCGUCAGAAUCGUACUGUGGUACUAACCCAUUAUGAAAGAGAUGAACAGAUUGCUAUCAUAAUUAAUUAUUUCGCUGUACCUUUUAUAAUUACUUUAGCCACAUCUGUGGCUCUUUGCGUAAUGCACUGUGACUGCCGAUGUCAUCCUACGACUCACCAUAAAAGACCUCGACGUCCACGGAUUCAAAAUUUGAGUGAUGGCUCCAUAAACAUGGGAGUCGAUCUCAGGCAUAAUACCAGCUAUCAUUCAGAUUUAGUAGCUAUUAGACCGUCGUAAAAGAUGAAAAAGUUAUAGUAAAUGUGGUCGUUUCUUUGAGAGUUGUUUGAUUUAUUCGAAGUUAAUCAAUUCAUUUAUUAAUAGUUAUUCGAAAAAAGUUAAAUAAUACAAAGCGUAAUAAGAAAAUAUUGGAUAGGAAAGAGUUUAUACUUUGAGUUUACAACAAUUUUCAAAGAAUCGUACAUAUUCUAAUUAAAUAUUAUUUCCGGAUUGUAUAACUAUAUUUUUUUUAUGAAAAGUAUAAGUUAUUGAGUCAUGACGACUCAUACAUUUUUUUUAUUUGUCACCUAAUAAAUUCAAUAUUUUUCUAAUAAAUCAAUUAUGCAUUUACCAAUUGUAUAGCACAAAUAUAUGAAAAGAAACGGUACUCAGUAAAAUACGACUAUAUUUUUAAGAAAUUUGCUUUGAUUUUUACGUUUCUUCUGUAGAUAAACAUACAGGGUAUUCAGUAAAUAAGAACUCUAAAUAGAGUAGUGGUAAAUCUACAAGAAAAAUUGAAAUUAUCCAAAUUCAACUAACAAACCAAUAUUUGUGGAACUUUUCGUAUAAUAUACAAACUCCCACGACAAAAGUAGAGAAUUAGGGUUUAGAUGAAAAAGUUCAUAAAUUUGUACUAAUUAAAAUAUUUCCUUUGGUUCCGACUGCUGACAGUGGCAGCUCAAAGUAUAUUUAAUGCAUGUUAUACGUAAUUAUUUCAAAUAGUUUUUCGAAUAUAGUUUGCGUUUUUGUCUCUAAUUUCAGUAUUUUGGUUUUAUUAAUAUUAAUUAUCAAAUUCAUUGGGGAUGAUGGGAAAAAGGUUGAACAUAAAUAUUCACAUGUCCAAAGUCAAAAGGUUAUUUAAAAUAUGUUUAAUUGUCUGAGAUAAGAAAAUGGAGAUAAGGGUGUGGGGACAAAACAUCCGUACAAACUGUUUAUGAAGCAACGGUUGGUACACCAUAAUAACACACAUCUUUUAUAACUGAAUUAGCACCCAGUCGGCUCGUUUUCUAAGUUUAAAUAUUGCAAUUAAUUAUGAAAUAGUAAAUAUGGCGUAUGACGGAGUUUGUUUAAAAUUGUGUGCUUACCAAUCUCCAAAAUAUACGUUUCGUUUCAAAUUUCGCCAAAAACGUUCAAUUGGCCUCAGUUGAGAAACAUUAGAUUUCUCAAUAAAUGGAAUUUUCAAUUAUGCAAGUUCUCACAACGACCUUUGCAUAAUAAGCAGUUGCCAUAUCUGGCCAAAACAAUAAUUGGAUAAUUCUUCUUUAUGAACUACAAUUAUAACACACUCUUUUUGAUAUGUAUUGGUAGUUAAAGAAUUUCCAGAAAGACAAAUGUAUGCUGAAGAACAACCAUGAGAUGAUAUCGCCAACACUUUCGAGUAGAACUUUUUGUGUCUUUUGUAGGCUUUUGAAUUAAUUCCUUACCUUUCUCACAAUAGAAGUCUUAUUAGAUAUCCAAACUUUUAGCGUUGACAUCUUGUAAGAGGCAUAAUUUUGGUCCACUGUGUUUACUUCUCCUUUUAUCUCAUCUUUUUUCUUCGUCAAUUUCUUUAUUACCGUCCAAUUAAUGUAAUACUAUUUUUUUAAGGUUUCUGUUCGUCUUUUUAUAAAGGCUCUGCCAAUCUUUUCACUAUAUGAAGAAGCUUAUCCGAAUUUUUUAUUGAUCAUCUCGUGAAUCCCACAGUAUAUUUCGAAAUUCCGGCUGUAAUGAGAUUCACUAUCGCAGAAGGCAUAGAUUUUUAUACUGUAAUUUAUUUGGUUUGUCAUAUAUGCUCCUAAAAUAAAUAUUUAUAUUCAAUUUUUCAUAAAGUUGUGUAUAUUUCUUUUAUGGCAGCUAUUUUUCCUUUCCGCGCUAGUAAUAUUGUCAAAGAGUAACGCACAAAGAGGGAAUAGAAACCUUUUGUGAGAAAACAGUAAAAUAAUUUCAGUUCCGUCUAUGCUCCAGAGCUCUUGAACGUUUACUUGAUCACCUUUCUUAACUGCUAUGAGGAAAAAUACGUCUAAUACGGCUUGUUUAUUUGAACAGUCUCUUACUCUCUAACAAGGAAAAUUCCUCUUCUUUCAAUAUAAUUGUUGGUGUAAUUUACUGGGGUGUCAAUCAUAUUUGUGAUUGUGAAAGCUAAAAAUUAUUCUUUUGGAUUCGAUAGAUUCUUGGUAGGACCAUGAAAUUUUUUUUCUAGCUUAUUUCUAGCUUCAUUGGAGCUUGACACGGAAACACUUUUUCAAAUUGUCUCUGUGCCUUUCCCUAUAUAGAACCAAUAAUCCAUCUGUAAAGGCUGAACAUUUGGUAACUCAUCAUCUGUAGUUUGCUCUGAAUCAUUACAGUUUAAAUUGUCUCCAAUUACUUCAUCUUCGUCUCCACUUUCCUCGUCGAAAUUAACAACGUCGUAAUGUAAUUUGUCUUCGGUUAAAAGCCCUUUAGAAGCCUAAAACACAGAAGAGCUGCCAUAACAAUAAAUUAUAAAGAACAAUAAAGAAAGUUAGUCAAUAAUACUGAGUACGGCAAGUGGAGUACUGUCACAUUUGAAUCGAAAAAUCCAAAUUUAUAUUGGCCAAAAUACUUGAUCAACAUACUAAGCUACAAAACGAAUGAUUACUUUUACAUUCUUCAAUGGAGGAUAGUGGUUGUAAAACAUGCACAAAAAAUUAGGAGAAUAAGUACUACCACCCGACUGCUGGAGGUUUAAAGUACUCCUUGACCAAGAGAGGAAAUGAGAAAUUAUUAAUCAUGCUGGAAAUAAAGAUGGUUUUGUGUCAAAUUAAUUGUUAUUAUUUGCUAAAAACACUUCCCAACCUUGUGUUGAUUACCAGUCAUGACCGCAGCAUUAUUUGAAAGAUGUUUCAGUUCCUACGAAACAUUCCGCCAAAUUUAGUCAUUGUUAUGGAUAACAAAUCUCAUCUUUCCCAAAUAUUAAACAAAAUUCCCAACACCAGUUUCGAAAAAGAUAAGAUAUUCAUGAAAAUUAAAAAUAUAAAAGAGUGUUGCUUCAAAUUAUACAAAUUUGUAAUUUAGAAAACGAGUAUGUCAUUGAUAACAUUAGCGUUUUUGAUAGCGAAGAUAAAACAUUUGAAUUACAUUUUGAGUCAGUUAUCAUAUAAAAAUUCUAAAUGUAUAUAGUUAUAACCAAAGCGAGUUGUAGGGAGAAAACAUUUUUUUUAAUUGUUUCAGAAGUUUUAAUAAUCCAUUUUCGUAGUUAUUUUAGCAAUGGGACGCCGCUAAAGACGGCAGAAUCCUUUGUUAUUUUUUUCGCUGAAUGUUUUGCUCCUUCAAGUAAGAAUUUAUACGAAGAUCACGAAGUAUAGAUACAAGGAGGCCUAACGUAGUAUUGAAAGAACGGCAUCAAUUUAGGGGACAGAUAUUACGCCGCUAGAGCGCUCUAGUUUUCAAGAAGUACUCGUUCAAAUACUUACGCGGGAAGUUUUAUUGCUUAAUACUAAUACAGGAAAGGAACAUAUGAGUUUUUCAGUAAUAGAAAUUGUAUGCGAAUGUGCCAGUCAGUAUAUAUGGAAUAAUAAUAAUCGUCGCCUCCUGAAUACUUGCGCAGCCAGUGGAAAAAAAGAGAACUAUGUGCUAUUAUUGGAUACAUAAAUAAUGUAAAAAAUUGUAUACCGUUCGGGCUCCUUGUAUCUAUAUUUCGUGAUAAAGAUAUUCAGAAUUCUUUACACAGCAUUCCUUUGAAAUUUGAUACUUAUUUACUGCGCACCUUGUAUAAAAUAUGGUUGAGAAAUCAAAAAUUUGCAGAAUAGGUAGAUAAAACAGGUGUUAUUGAUUAUGUUAUACAGGGUGUUUCUAUAUUCGACCGACAACGCUCUACCACAGAGAGAUCUCAAUAAAUGACUUAUUUUGAUAAUUUUAAAUCGAAAUGAAAAUUUGCCAUAAAUCAAGAAAGUCUUUAAUUUUUUUUUCAAAUUUGGUGACCAAUAUGCUCCUUAAUAAAGUAAUAUUUUGAUAUAAACAAACUUUGAAAAAAUUUAACCAGUGGUGCGCUGUCAGGGUUAGGAUUUAACUCAGGUGAUCUUGGAGGCCAACAAUUGCGUCCACCACGAUCAAUCAAUUUUUCUCUAAAACGUCUGUUUAAGUAAUUUCUUGCCACUGUAACAAAAUGAGAAGAUGCCGUAUCGUGUUGAAACCACAUGUGUUGUCUAAUAUUUAACGGUAACAUUUUGUCCAGAA